AUGGGGAAGCCAACUACUUCUGCCAAAACUCCUCUGCUUUUCCAAUCAAAACUCCUCUGUUUCUCUCUGUUUUACCUGUUCAUAACUCUCUUUCUUGCUCUGCAUAAAUCUCUUUCUUCAAAACAUUGUAUCUUCAAAUCGUCACCCUUUCACCCUAUUCAAACCUCUCUCUUCUCUUACCCUCCCUCUUAUGGACAGCACAAAUAUGCUCUCUCUACGCAACGCUCUUCUUGCUCCUCCCCUGUAUUUUUCUCAGAUUACAGAGUGGUAUUUGAGAACAUUCGAGAUUUAUGUGGGAACUCUUCGGGUUUUAGCCCGGUUUUGAAGUAUAUGCAGGGAAAUGCUGAUAGUUUUGGUGGAAAUUUCAGUACUCAGAAGAGAAUUUCUUAUUUUGAUCAUGUGAAUGAUAGUGUAGAAAUUCCUUGUGGGUUCUUUAAGAAGUUCCCAAUUAGUAAUUCAGAUAAAAUUGUAAUGGAAACUUGUAAUGGAGUUGUUGUAGUCUCAGCUAUCUUCAACAGCCAUGACAAGAUCAGGCAACCAAGAGGACUUGGAUCCAAAACCUUAGAAACUGUAUGCUUCUUCAUGUUUGUAGAUGAUGGAACAUUUGAAGGACUUGAAGAUUACCAAUUAAUUUCAGGGAAAUCUCAAGAGUACAAAAUAGGGGCAUGGAGAAUUGUUAAAGUUUCAAGCAAGAAUUUGUAUGAGAAUCCUGCUAUGAAUGGAGUGAUACCUAAAUACUUAGUACAUAGACUAUUCCCAAACUCGAAAUUCAGCAUUUGGAUUGAUGCCAAGUUGCAGCUGACUGUGGAUCCAUUGUUAUUGAUUCAUUCACUUGUGGUUUCAAAGAAUGUGGACAUGGCAAUUUCAAAACAUCCAUUUUUUACUCAUACUAUGGAAGAAGCAAUGGCAACUGCAAGGUGGAAGAAAUGGGGCGAUAUCGAUGCAUUGCAGGCGCAAAUGGAGACAUAUUGUGAGAAUGGAUUGCAGCCAUGGACUCCCAAUAAGCUCCCCUAUCCCUCAGAUGUGCCAGAUAGUGCAUUGAUUUUAAGGAAACAUGGACUGAGCAGCAAUCUGUUCUCUUGCCUUUUGUUCAACGAGUUGGAGGCAUUUAAUCCGAGAGACCAACUGGCUUUCGCUUUCGUGAGAGACAAAAUGAGCCCCAAGCUUCAAUUGAACAUGUUUGAGGAGGAAGUGUUUGAGAAUAUCUGCGUGGAAUACAGGCACAAUAUUAAAGGCGUUGAGAAGAGGAAGAUUGCUACCGCUUUUGUCGGUGAAAAAGGGUUCAAUUUCAAUGGCAAAAGAACAAAACAAGAUUUGUUUAUUAAUAAUAAUGGUAGCCAUUGCCAGAAGUAUCUUUUGAAAAUGUGGGGGGAAUCCCAUAAUUGAUUUUUGUCUGUAAUUAAACCUUCAUUGUAAAAGCUAACAAAUUAACCAACAUAUAACAGAGGAAAGCUGACAAACUAUGACAGAUGGUCGGGAUUAAAG